AGGUACGGCAUGAGUAAGUGAUGAGAUCUUCACAUACAAAACUCCUGGCCUGAAAACCUCACUCAACAUCCAAUUGUUUCUUAUUUUUUCUCCAAAAGUAGCGUUAUAUUUCUAGUUGCUGUUUUUGAUAAGAUUCAUAUUUGAUGAAGACUAGGUCUCUUAGUCAUGGAUAAAGCUGCUCUGGCUGCAGACCAGUGAAAUCGCUAACACCCUGUUGAAGAGCAGUAUAUUGGGCAAGUUUAACGAGGUAGGUCUUAAACCUGAUAUGCUAUAUAAUGCACCUAUUGGCGUGGUCUCCCUUUGAGAGCGCAAUUUGAAUCAGGAUGCACAACAAUGUACACAAUAUUGUUUUACAGCAAAUGAGCAGUCACAAAUGUUUAGGCUAUAGUCAAUAUUGAGAAGAUGUUUAAUGUACUGAAAAAAUGACAUUUAGCUGAAAAGGCAAUACAAAAUAAAAGGUGGUAACAGGUAAUUUAAGUGGAAAUUGAUUAAAAUUCAAAUUUGGUAAUUGCAAUUAUUGUGGUUAUUAUGCUUUUAUUACAGAUUGACAAACAAUUGUUUAAGGUUUUUGUUUGUCAGGUAGGAAUCUGGUGACCAAGAAGGACCUUGUGAUUUAGUAUCCAUCUGUAUAGCACAUAAUUACUUCCAUAGAGUAUCUAAUAUGCAUAUGGAAAAUUGAAUGAUUUCACGAAAGCAGCAACGCUCAAGAGGGCUACUAUUUUCUGAGCAUUUUGACAGAUGGAAGGACAUCUUGUUGAUGUACUGCAUUAAUACAGGUUAGACAUACCACUAAAAGGUACCCUAAAGAGCAGAGUGUUUAGUGUCUACUUCUGUGUAACCCUUCUCCAACCAGUAUAAUGACCUUCGGGGUGGAUCACACCACACACAGCAUUUCAUGUGAAAGAGACAUCAAUGCCUCAACAAAUGCAGCACAACAUAAUGAUAAUAAAGCCAGCCAACCAACCAAAGCCAGCACACUGGGUCUUGAGGAGGGUAUCCCCUCAGCAGCUGAAUAUGAUUAAGAUAUGAAACCAAGAGGGCAUCCACUCAAUGGAAAAUAUUGACUGUUUAGAUAACUUUCUCUGAGAGCCUGUCAGACAGAGGCAGGAGAGAUGUCACCCAAAAAACGACCCCUCUCGUCCCCCUCCAUCCCGUCCCAGAGAGUACCAGUGUAGGGGCGGACUGUCGCUAACGGGGUCAGGCUUUUCCGGACCCGUCAGAUUUUCUCACAGAUUUGUGCCCUUGGGACAGGCCAACUAGCCCACUGACCCUGUUACAUGAGCCGACCAAUGGGAUUGGAGCAUGGAGCGGGCCUGAGAACACAGGUUCCUACUGUACUGCUGAGGGGUAGAGCGCGCCAUCUGAGAGCGUGCCACACAUGGUUUAACACUGGAUUAGUUUGAUUUGAAAUAUAAUCACAUUUUCUCUCACAAAAUCUGGACUAUGGUUAAUUCCCAAAUGAAGUCAAAUAAUUAUAACACGAAAUGUAGGCAACUUUGUGAAACAUCUAGUAAUUUGGUGUCUCAACAAAAAAGGUCACAUUUAAUUAUAUCAAAAGCAAUUCUCUUCAUUGUAUCUGUCACCGAUUUAAGUCUGUCAUAUCACAGCAAGCACACUCUAUGGAUCAGUUCUCAGUCCCAUGCAGAUCCUCAUCACACUACUAUGGGACAAAGCAUAUGUACAGUUUAAUGAAGGCGUACAUGCCAAUGUGUUGUAUUUUAAUUUGCGGUGGGGGAUUUUUGACAUCCUGCUAAACUCUGCUGGUUGUGGUAUAUUGAUGUGAAGCUACACAGAAACAAUAAUGUAGGUUUACAUCCUGACACAUUUCAUAUUUUUGUCUGGCCAAGAUUAUUACUUUAUUUUCUCACUUCAAAGAUUUAGUCAUAUCAGGACAUCCUGAGUUAUUUUUCCAGCGCUGGGGACUCAAGGGAUAUUAAAUGUUUACAGGAUGUUAACAUAAAAGACAUGUUCUGGGCAAAAAGUUCUGCUUAUUAAUGUUAAUUCAUUUGUUUAUGUACACUGUUCAUUUGAUUGAUUUGAGUUUACAUUUCCAAGGGAUCUGAGGUUGAACAGCUCUUCACUUUUUAAGAGGGUAACAUAAUAUAAAAUUAUUAUAAAAUUAUUAUAAAAUCUAGUUCACCAACUCUCUUGGGAACCAAGUCUAAGUAUGAGACACUAAGCAACUAUUUUGUUUCACUCAAGUACUCAUUUUUAAAAUCAUACUUUGUCAAUCAAUCGCUUCUAUUAUGUAGUGAUGUAAACUGAUGUAAACUCUACUAUGUUUCAGGUAAAAUGGGAUGCAACUGUAGUUCAGAUUAUGAUGAUGACUGGGUAGAGAACCUAGACGAAGUGUGUGACAACUGCAACUGCCCGAUUUCCCCCCAGUCAGCUAACCCGGUGAGUGUGUGUGAGAGAGUGUGUGUGUGUGUGUGUGUGUGUGUGUGUGUGUGUGUGUGUGUGUGUGUGUAGACAGUGGCAUAGCGUCUGGACGUGGCUGGGGAAGUAGUGUGGAAUGCGAGGAAGAGGGUGUGAUAUUUUUACAUGGUCUCACAAAAAAAAUACACUAACAUCUCCAAUAUGCAUUUAAUUGACAUAUCAAUGAAUAUAACUUAUGCAACCAUGGUCUACAUAAAAGUGUGUUGUGCAAGUCAAUGCUUGGGAAUUGUUGCCUGACGACUCACACUGAAUUAUUUAGCUGCUCUAUCGUUCAUUACAUACUUCAGUCUGAAUCUGCCAUCAUUGAAAGUUGUUUGUGGUAAUAUCGUUUGCGAUGAAAACAAAGUCAUCAGCAAUUAGAUCGUCUCUAACCAAUCAGAGUAUCAAAGCCAAUUACGUACUUCAAAAACACUGCUUCACCCACGUGUGUUCUGGCUCUGGCCCAACCGAUUGGUUUCUGGGACCAAUCAGACGGUCCGAAUGUGUUCGCAUUCUAGACGGAUCGGGAAAGGAGUCAAAUCCAGACUCAUUGCGGAGAAGAAACAAACGUUCGUGGGCGUGGCGUUUGGCCGGACCAAUGAGGGAGUUCUAUUAAUGCGGGUUAGCAUUGAUUGCAUUUGUUUUGGAACCUAGUGAUGGGGGGGGGUACAUAUCACAAUUUUGUUUUUGGAUGAUAUUAUAUCGAUAUUUGACUCAGAGUAUCGUUUUUUUGCUACUGUAGGUAGUGUUAGCUAGCGCUAGUUGGCUGUACCUGCGCCAAAAAAGUAUUUUUCAUCCUAUAGCUUGUUCUCCAUCUUCUUUUUAAAUAGUGAAUUAACAUGUUUUCAGCACUUUUAUUUCCCUGACUGAUCAAGACUCAUUUUUACAUUUUAGUCAUUUAGCAGCCGCUUUUAGCCAGAGCGACUUACAGGAGCAAUUAGGGUUGAGUGCCUUGCUCAAGGACAUUGACAGAUUUUUCACCUAGUUAGCUCGGAAAUUCGAACCAGCGUCCUUUUGGUUACUGGCCCAACACCCUUAACCGCUAGGCUACCUGCCGCAUGCUCUCUCUUGUCUCUCUGCAGCAGACAUAUACAGUGUCUUCUGAAAGUAUUCACACCCCUUGAAUUUUUCCCAAAACAAUUGUGUUACAAAGUAGGAUUUAAACAGAUUUUUGUCAACGAUUUACACAAAAUACUCUGUAAUGUCAAAGUGAAAGAAAAAUUAGAACAUAUGUAAAAUUAAAAAUAAUAAAGGAAAAAUAAAACACUAAUAUAAUCUUGAUUACAUAAGUAUUCAACCCCCUGAAUAAAUAAGUUAGAAUAACCUUUGGCAGCAAUUACAGCUGUGAGUCUUUCUGGGUAAGUCUCUAAGAGCUUUGCACACCUGGAAUGUAUAAUACCUGGAAUGUACAAUACAAAAAAUUAUUCAAGCUCUGUCAAGUUGCUAAACAGCCAUUUUCAAGUCUUGCCAUAGAUUUUCAAGCUGAUUUAAGUCAAAACUGUAACUAGGCCACUCAGGAAUAUUCAAUGUCGUCUUGAUAAGCAACUAGUGCGUAUUUGGCCUUUUGUUUUAGGUUAUUGUCCUGCUGAAAGGUGAAUUUGUCUCCCAGUGUCUGAAACAGGUUUUCCUCUAGGAUUUUGCCUGUGCUUAGCUCUAUUCAGUUUCUUUUCAUCCUAAAAAAAACUCCCUAGUCCUUGCCGAUGACAAACCUCCCCAUAUCAUGAUGCAGCCACCAUCAUGCUUGAAAAUAUGAAGAGUGGUACUCAGUGAUUUGGAUUUACUCCAAACAUAACGCUUUACACAUUCUUUGCAGUUUUACUUUAGUGACUUAUUGCAAACAGGAUGCAUAUUUUGGAAUAUUCUGUACAUUUAGGCUAGUAUUGAGUUAGGAAGGACGCCUGUAUCUUUGCAGUGACUGGGUGUAUUGAUACACCAUCCAAAGUGUAAUUAAUAACUUCACCAUGCUCAAAGGGUUAUUCAAUGUCUGCUUUUAAAAUUCUUACCCAUCUACAGUACCAAUAGGUGCCCUUCUUUGUGAGGCAUUGGAAAACCUCCCUGGUCUUUGUGGUUGAAUCUGUGUUUGAAAUUCACUGCUCGACUGAGGGACCUUACAGAUAAUUGUAUGUAUGGGGUACAGAAAUAAGGUAGUCAUUCAAAAGGUAUUGUACACAGAGUGAGUCCAUGCAACUUUUUAUGUGACUUGUUAAGCAAAUUAUUACUCCUGAACUUAUUUAGGCUUGCCAUAACAAAGGGGUGUAAUACUUUUUGACUCAAUACAUUUCAGCUUUUCAUUUUUAAUUAAUUUGUAAACAUUUCUCCAAACAUAAUUCCACUUUGACAUUGUGGGGUAUUGUGUGUAGAUCAGUGACACAAAAUCUCAAUUUAAUCCAUUUUAAAUUCAGGCUGUAACACAACAAAAUGUGGAAAAAGUCAAGGGGUGUGAAUACUUUCUGAAGGCACUGUAGUGAGCAAUAUGUUUGGAACAUAAAAUCGCAAUAAAAUCGCAGUAUCGAAUCGCAAUACAUAUAGAAUCAUGAGAAUCGCAAUACAUAUUGUAAUGGCACCUAAGUAUCAUGAUAAUAUCGUAUCGUGAGGUCCCUGGCAAUUCCCAGCCCUACUGGAACCGGGCUGCCUCACUGGCGCAAACCAGGUGCCCCGUUUUGGCUGACGGCGAAGUCGGCUUAAAAUAAAAGUGAUGUAUGCAUACGUUAUUAUUUUUCAUACCCCUCGUGGGAAUCGAACCCACAACCCUGGCGUUGCAAACGCCAUGCUCUACCAACUGAGCUACAUCCCUUCCGGCCAUUCCCUCCCCUACCCUGGGCCAAUUGUGCGCCGCCCCAUGGUCUCCCGGUCGCGGCCGGCUACGACAGAGCCUGGAUUCGAACCAGGAUCUCUACUGGCACAGCUAGCCUUAGACCACUGUGCCACUCGGGAGGCCUGAACGAUGCAUCAUGCUGCCUUGUUGACAACAUGACCGAGCGGCGCAGAUUACUGUUAGAUUUGAGAAGGGCACUCCUCCCUCAUCGCUUUUGCCCAUUCACGUCACGGGCCAUAGCCCCGGUGCUCAUAAUCAAACUCUCUCAAUGAGUCUGGGUAGCUAGGCAAUGGGAAUUGGCAAUUUACAUAAUUUUGGGGGGGGGAAGUUGGCUUUUGUGUGUGCAAUUAAUUGGGACUGUAAACAUUCACUAAAUGUUCUGUUUCACUUCCUUCCUCUGAAUUACUGGAGAUAUUAUAGUAGAUUUGAAAUAGAGGAGAAUAGCACAUGUGAAUGCCAUGCUGUUGAUGGCCAGUUUGUCAGCACAAAAUAAACAUUAAGUAAAUCCUAGAUUUCGUUCCACACUUCAAGGAAUUCAUGGUUUUUACCUUAAGUCAAAUGUCCCAUCAUGAUAGUGUAAACCCCCCAGACUUUCCAUAGUUUGUACACUGAAUGAGAAUCUUUGAAUUCACCAUUGGAAACACAGUUUAUUUUACUGACCUGUACCCUGCUUUGGUCUCAUCAGUACACAGAUCAACUGAUCCCCUACCCCUCUCAUCUCACACCUCCCUCUUCCCCUCUACCAGGUAUGUUCUUAUACAUUAAUAUGCAGGUAAAUAUGCGCCUUCUUCUGGUGGAUCAAAUCUAAUCAUUAUUGUUUAUGUUUUCCUCACCCAUGCUGGUUAUGGUUGUACAGAUAGCCUGGUGGUUGCCAUAUACAGCUAUGAACCCAACCACAACGAUGACCUGGGAUUUGAGAAGGGAGACAAGCUGAAAAUCCUCAAUAAGUAAGAAUAGGGAUGUGUGAUGCUAUUUACUUUUUAGAGGAUGUGAUAUAUUUGUGUAGUUGUGCAAAAGUGUGUAGUUGUUUGAUGGAGCAUGACACAUUACCAGUUAUUGAAAAGUAUGAGAUAGUGAGUAAGUGUUGCUGUUAUGUCUGCUGUCCAGGGAUGACCCAGAGUGGUUCAUGGCAGAGUCGCUCAUCACAGGCCAGAAGGGCUUCAUCCCAUACAACUUUGUGGCCCCCCUGAACUCAAUGGAGAUGGAGACGUAAGUCAAUUCAGUUGAAUUCAAUUCAAACUGUAAUUCAUUUCACUUUAAGUCAUGCAGGAAGCACACACAUACAUUAACAAACACCAUCUCCCCAUACUCAACACCCCCCAAGUAAGGGAAAGGGAUGUGGUUAUGUUUGAAGCUCUAUACCUGUUUUUUUUGUGCUUCAGAUGGUUUUUCAAGAACCUCUCCAGAAACGAUGCUAUGAGGCUCCUGCUAGCUCCGGGGAAUACACAGGGCUCCUUCAUGGUCAGAGAGAGUGAGACCACCAAAGGCUCCUUCUCCUUAUCUGUCAGGGACUUGGAUCCUGACACGGGAGACAUGGUCAAGCACUACAGAAUCCGGAACUUGGAUACUGGUGGUUUCUACAUCACCGCAAAGAUAUCCUUCAACUCCCUGAAAGAGCUGGUCCAGCAUCACUCACGUACGUGCUAUGACUCACAUCCUGUCUGAACUCCUGGAGCUAUGCCUCCAGUCAGAACACAAUACAUCAGCCAAACAAUACAUAUAGCAUUGGUACCAAAGACCAUUAUCAUACCAUCCAUAGUGCACAUACACCUUAGCACAUAUAAAUCUUUCUCAAAAUGUGAACUGUAUAACUUGACGUUAUUCAACCUUUGACCCUGCCUGUGUUGUGUGUGUCUGCAGGUGAGGCGGACGGUCUGUGCACCCGGCUGAUGAAGCCGUGCCAGUCCCGCGUGCCCCAGAAACCCUGGUGGCAGGACGAAUGGGAGAUCCCCCGAGAGUCCCUCAAAAUGGAGCGCAGGCUCGGGGCCGGGCAGUUUGGAGAAGUUUGGAUGGGUGAGUGCCUUCAGAAAGUAUUCAUACCCCUUGACUUAUUCCACAUUUUGUUGUGUUACAGCCUGAAUUCCAAAUGGAUUAAAUAGAUGUGUUUUCUCACCCAUCUACACACAAUACCCCAUAAUGACAAAGUGAAAACAUGUUUUAAGAAAUGUUAGCUAAUGUUGAAAAAGUCAAGGGGUGUGAAUACUUUCUGAAGGCACUGUACAACCACAGUAGUUGAUAUUGUCAGAUUACCAAUGCGUGUGUUGGUUUGCAUAGAUGCACUAGAUAUAAAGCAACCAGUUGCUCAAUUGGUCCUGUCUCUCUCUGUGUCUGCCAGAACAGCUUUAGUUUAGGCUUUAGUUCUGCAUUGUGUGUAAUUUCCUAAAUACCACCAUCACUGCAGUGCUUGUUUGAGCUGGUAGGGCCCCUUUGGGAUUGAUGUCAGGUAUUAGCUGCAUUACGCAAGAGAGCCAGCGAGCUAGGCUGAAGUUCUAGUCACACACCAGAGGCUCUCUCUGAAGCACUUCACAUGUCUAUAUUAGUUCAUAUUACAAUAUUUGCUAUCGCCUCCAACUGUGACCCUAAAAUCAACCAUUAAAAAAGAACCUCCAGUGUUUUGAAGGUGAGAAUAUCUGAUGAUGUAAUCUGAUUUCUUCACACUUGUUUUCCAGUGGAGGGGGAGAUUUCCCUAUUGUCCAUCUCCAUGUGUGUGAACACAAUGCAACAUUAAAAACUAGCCUGCUAUGGGACUUUGUAUUUACAAAUUCCUCCUGCAUGCGAUCUUGGCAACAUACAGUAUUUGUUUCUCCCAGCGAAUGAAUACACCAACAUCAUUGGGGUGAUUGUUGUUUGACAACAAAAAAGUAUCCAUGCAUGUCAGAUUUUUUUAAAAACGAACCACCAUUCCUUUUACCGAAAUUAUUUCAGUUAUAGAUAACAGUAGGGAAGAAUGCUUUCAAUAAUAAAGUUAAUUCUCACCAUUACAGCAUAGGCUAUAACUCGGUUAAUUGUGACCUAUAGUAAACUUGAGUGUCCUCAAAUGACUCCAUCAUACACAUUGUAUACUACACUACUGAAUAAUAUCACUGUGAUAUUACUGUAAUAAACUGUAUAUUUACUGUAUCACCAAUGGCCUUCCUCUAUGCUGCAGGUCUGUACAACAACCACAGGCGGGUGGCCAUUAAGAACCUGAAGGUGGGCACCAUGUCCAUGGCUGCCUUCCUGGCCGAGGCCAACCUGAUGAAGGAGCUGCAGCACCCACGCCUGGUCCGCCUCUUCGCCGUGGUUACGCAGGAGCCCAUCUACAUCAUCACAGAGUUCAUGGAGAACGGUGGGUGUCACUGUCUAGGAUUACACUGUUAUUAGGCUAAUGGUCAAUGUUCGUCUUUCAGGGUAAGACCAACUCCCUAUACAAAAGGUCAAUAACCCUGAUCCUAUUCGAUUCAGUUGUUCUUCUAUUCUAUUGUACUCUAUUCCAUGAGAGCUGCUCAGCAAGCCUAUGGCCAAUGUCUGUGCCUGUUUACAUAGAUGACUCUCAAUCCCGGCGCUGAAAGAGUGAACAGCUAAAACAGAGUCAUCCAGGGAGAUUCUAGAGAAACACCUGGAGCAGACAAAGUGUUUUCAGCCAGGAUAUCGUCAUCGGCUUUCAUGAUCGAACAUGUUAAACUGUUAUUGGUUUGCAUGCUGAUAAGAGUGAGAGUAACAAAAGAGUGGCUUGGGUGUUUACCAGAAUGUCUUUCAUGAGUAAGAGUCUUUCACAGGCAUACUGCAGUCCACUGACAAUGUUAAAUGAUCCAAAAAGCAUUUUGUUAUAGAUGCAAAAGAUGAAUACCCCUAGUUAUGGCUUAACGGCUAUUUACUGAAAGCCUCAUUCUAAAUGGAGCAUGUGAUCUUCAGAAACGCAGUACAAGUUUAACCUUGUUUUUCCAUAUAUCUCCUUCUUUAGAGUGGACAAUCUUCUUAGAGGCUAUUUUCAACCUAUUUUGGUGACCCUGCUGCACUUUCUAAAAAAAAACUUAAAUAAUCACAUCAGCAAACCUGAACUUUAGCUCUCUUUUCCUGUACCGGCUGGUGCCUCUAAUGUCAACACACCAAAGGGAAGUCCGUUCUGACUGGAAAAGAGAGACGUCAAAUAGGGGAGUGGUGAUUCACCAUCUCAUUGUUCAGUGAUGGGACCUGUGUCAACCCCCAUGGGCACGUGGCUCCAUUCCAGUGUCAGCACAGACAGACCGCAACACAGCCCCCCCUUCAGCCCCCCUAUUCCCCCAGUCAGACUAGGCUAUUCAGCCACUGUCCAGUGACUACUCUCUUUCUCUCUUCACACAAGAAAGAGAGAGGCUGUCUGUAAAAGGGUAGCAAAGCAAAGCCAGACCAAUAAAAAUGUCACCAUGGUAACAGGUGCACUGCACUGCACACAGACUAGCUGACAUUGAAAACAUAAGUCUUAAUACCAGUGGCGUAGCCAGAAAUUUGUUAGUGGGUGGACCUGCAAAAAUGUUGGUGGGCAACUAACUUCCUGUAAUUUUACAAAUUUUGCCAUGGGGCAAAGAGAAAAAUGUGCAGUUUUAUAGCUAAUCUCAUGCUAUUCUACACAUUUUGCCAUGAGGCUGAGAGACAAUUGUACAUUUUCUAAGCUAAUUAAAGCUAAAAUAUAGGUGUGUUUACUGAUAAAGGCACUGGAUUGUGAGCUCUCUUGUUUGCUAAAUGAAGAAAUUAAAUAAGCAGUGGCAUGGUGCAUAUAGCUAUAGAAGCACAGUGACAUAUCCUCAAUGCCGUCAUAUUUGUGGCUUAUUUGGGGUGUGGCUUUCAGUUAGUUCUGUUUGGCAACCCAUCCCAUGAGAGUGAAUGUCAUUCCAGGUAAUCUGUUCUGUUCAAUAAUUUAUAUAAAGACUAGAUGACUGAUAUAGGGCACUGUGUUGAAGCCACCAUGCCUCCAUCUUGGCACUCCCCCACUAUUGUAAAAUACAUUUUGGAAGCUAUAGAAAUGCAUUUAUUAAUGUCUACAAUCGUUUGCCACAUUUAUUAUAUUACAGACACCUUAAUGCAUACUUUUAAAUUAUAUUAUGUGAGGUAAACAUAAACCAAAAUGUUUAAAAAAAGAUUAAACAUUUUCCUUAAAGUAUAAUUUCUUAUUAGAUUACUAAUGUUACUGUCCCAAAUACAACAACAAAAAUACUUAAAUACAUGUAAUUUUGUCCUUAAAACAUUUAAUUGAAAUACUGUAGAAUUCCAUUCAUUCCUAUGGAGGAUUUCUCCUACUGGGGAGUGCCAAUUUGGCCAAAUGGUGGCUUCAAAGCCUCUCAAUGGCCAAUACAUAGCAUCAGCAAUCCACAUUGUCUUCCAUCAGAUAGCGCGUUGAUUCCGCCUGCAUUGAUCUGUCACAUAUCUUGCAAAGGCUAAUGGGAUAGAUGAAAAGUAGUCCGGCUACAAUGGGCUGCCAUAACAUUAGAAAAUAUUACCUAGGUGACAUAGUCUGCUGAACCCCAUUUCUGCCUCAAAACUGUCUGAAUUAAUCUAAGCUAAAACAAUAAAUAUGUCAAUAAUGUUAAUGUUUUUUUUGGUGAGGAAGUAUUAGUCGCCCCUUUUUUUUGGUGAGGAAGUGUUAGUCGCCCCUUUUUAAAUCUAGCUAAGGAUUAUUGUGUUUCAAUGACCAGUAUUUCUGAAGUUGGGCACGAAAGCUAGCAUAAAUUUGUCCAACAUGAAUGUUAGCUUGCUAGCUUGCUGAGCCAGUCACUGAAAUCAUCUUUGGCUGAAAUGAUGCUGCUAACCAACCAGCUACCUACUUAGUGCUCCACACGCAAGGUUGUAUCUUCCAACAAAAGCUAGCUAGCAAGCUACUGUAGCUAGUAGUGCUAAUGCUUACAUUAUUAUGCAUUUUUAUGAAGCAGCUGUUCUUCUGCCAUGAGUCAUUGCAGUAGCCUCCCGAGUCAGCUGCUGUGUUCAGCUGACCCAACGAUACGAUCGUGAAGAAACAUGCUGAUCUAUCUACGGACUGAUUUCUGAUUACAUUCAGUUCCUCUUAAUUGUGGGGCUGCAUGUCUACAUUUUCAGGGCAUUUUAAACAGGCUAAGCAAGCUUUUUAUGUCAGUGAAGGAAGAGCUAGCAAACUUGCUAGCUAUGUCAGUAAGCUAGCUAGCUACAGUGGGGGAAAAAAGUAUUUAGUCAGCCACCAAUUGUGCAAGUUCUCCCACUUAAAAAUAUGAGAGAGGCCUGUAAUUUUCAUCAUAGGUACACGUCAACUAUGACAGACAAAAUUAGAAAAAAAAUCCAGAAAAUCACAUUGUAGGAUUUUUAAUGAAUUUAUUUGCAAAUUAUGGUGGAAAAUAAGUAUUUGGUCAAUAACAAACAAGCAAGGUUUCUGGCUCUCACAGACCUGUAACUUCUUCUUUAAGAGGCUCCUCUGUCCUCCACUCGUUACCUGUAUUAAUGGCACCUGUUUGAACUUGUUAUCAGUAUAAAAGACACCUGUCCACAACCUCAAACAGUCACACUCCAAACUCCACUAUGGCCAAGACCAAAGAGCUGUCAAAGAACACCAGAAACAAAAUUGUAGACCUGCACCAGGCUGGGAAGACUGAAUCUGCAAUAGGUAAACAGCUUGGUUUGAAGAAAUCAACUGUGGGAGCAAUUAUUAGGAAAUGGAAGACAUACAAGACCACUGAUAAUCUCCCUCGAUCUGGGGCUCCACGCAAGAUCUCACCCCGUGGGGUCAAAAUGAUCACAAGAACGGUGAGCAAAAAUCCCAGAACCACACGGGGGGACCUAGUGAAUGACCUGCAGAGAGCUGGGACCAAAGUAACAAAGCCUACCAUCAGUAACACACUACGCCUUCAGGGACUCAAAUCCUGCAGUGCCAGACGUGUCCCCCUGCUUAAGCCAGUACAUGUCCAGGCCCGUCUGAAGUUUGCUAGAGUGCAUUUGGAUGAUCCAGAAGAGGAUUGGGAGAAUGUCAUAUGGUCAGAUGAAACCAAAAUGUAACUUUUUGGUAAAAACUCAACUCGUCGUGUUUGAAGGACAAAGAAUGCUGAGUUGCAUCCAAAGAACACCAUACCUACAGUGAAGCAUGGGGGAGGAAACAUCAUGCUUUGGGGCUGUUUUUCUGCAAAGGGACCAGGACGACUGAUCCGUGUAAAGUAAAGAAUGAAUGGGGCCAUGUAUCUUGUAGAUUUUGAGUGAAAACCACCUUCCAUCAGCAAGGGCAUUGAAGAUGAAACGUGGCUGGGUCUUUCAGCAUGACAAUGAUCCCAAACACACUGCCCGGGCAACGAAGGAGUGGCUUCGUAAGAAGCAUUUCAAGGUCCUGGAGUGGCCUAGCCAGUCUCCAGAUCUCAACCCCAUAGAAAAUCUUUGGAGGGAGUUGAAAGUCCGUGUUGCCCAGCGACAGCCCCAAAACAUCACUGCUCUAGAGGAGAUCUGCAUGGAGGAAUGGGCCAAAAUACCAGCAACAGUGUGUGAAAACCUUGAAGACUUACAGAAAACGUUUGACCUGUGUCAUUGCCAACAAAGGGUAUAUAACAAAGUAUUGAGAAACUUUUGUUAUUGACCAAAUACUUAUUUUCCACCAUAAUUUGCAAAUAAAUUCAUUAAAAAUCCUACAAUGUGAUUUUCUGGAUUUUUUUUCUAAUUUUGUCUGUCAUAGUUGACGUGUACCUAUGAUGAAAAUUACAGGCCUCUCUCUUCUUUUUAAGUGGGAGAUCUUGCACAAUUGGUGGCUGACUAAAUACUUUUUUUCCCCACUGUAAUUAAUCCAGUCAACAUUUUUAUCAAUUGUAACCCACCAGAAAAACGUUGUUGUAAACCCUUCUCCAAUUGAUCUGCAAUUCGCAUUACUUUGGUGUCUAUAACAUUGAUAAUCUCCGGGGUUCAUGGUGAAUUGGGGUGCCUUAGUAUUAUCCUUUUUAAUAUCAGAACAAUUAGGUGAGGUUUGGUUUGAUCCCAAAUCUAUCACACAAGAGAACAUGGUCUGAGGCAUAGGUGCAGUUACAAGGGUUGGCCUACCUGUUGAACAGGCAUAACAAUUAGUUUGACCCAACACCCUAGCUGUGUAGUUCAUCCACCUACUUUUUUUCCCCACUGUAUAUUGAAGCAAUAUCUCAAGACAUCAGUCAGGAAGUUAAAGCUUGGUCGCAAAUGGGUCUUCCAAAUGGACAAUGACCCCAAGCAUACUUCCAAAGUUGUGGCAAAAUAGCUUAAGGACAACAAAGUCAAGGUAUUGGAGUGGCCAUCACAAAGCCCUGACGUCAAUCCUAUAGAAAAUCUGUGGGCAGAACUGAAAAAGCGUGUGCGAGCAAGGAGGCCUACAAACCUGACUCAGUUACACCAGCUCUGUCAGGAAGAAUGGGCCAAAAUUCACCCAACUUAUUGUGGGAAGCUUCUGGAAGGCUACCCGAAACGUUUGACCCAAGUUAAACAAUUUCAAGGCAAUGCUACCAAAUACUAAUUGAGUGUAUGUAAACUUCUGACCCACUGGGAAUGUGAUGAAAGAAAUAAAAGCUGAAAUAAAUCAUUCUCUCUACUAUUAUUCUGACAUUUCACAUUCUUAAAAUAAAGUGGUGAUCCUAACUGACCUAAGACAGGGAAUUUUUACUAGGUUUAAAUGUCAGGAAUUGUGAAAAACUGAGUUUAAAUGUAUUUGGCUAAGGUGUAUGUAAACUUCCGACUUCAACUGUAUAUCAUUGGUUCUGAUAUAUUUAAUCAAAUCUGACUAGCCCAGUGCACUGCUUGCUAUGAAUUCUAUCUGAUGGUGUUUGGAUGCUUAGGCAAAAAGACAAAUAAUGUUCUGUUUGGAACACUGACAAGUAGAGAGCUUACAUUUUAAUUUUUGUAUUUGUUUUUUUAUAUAAAACAUUUUUGGGGGGCUCAAUCUGAGUGGUUGGGCCUAGCUCCCCAGUGGGUGGGCCUAGCGCCCCAUUGGGUGCCUGCUUAAUACAACAACUUAUUUUGAUACCAGUAUGUUCUCCAAAAGCCUUGGUCAGAAUCUCUGACUACAGUUACUAUGUCACCUGCAUGUUUUUGAAUGUGAUCCCACAUUGCCUUCAAAGGUUGUUGUUGCCUUUUUGAAGACCUGAAAUUAGGAGGGACAAUAACAAAGCACAUUGAAAAGACGCUGUCACUGGUGCAACAACAGCUUCAGUAUGUAAGUGCUCCGAGCCAGUGAAUGGAGGGCCUUUGUAUUGUUCUCUAUGAGAGGCCUGUAGAGCACCAACAUGCCUUUACAUGAGCUGUCUCUUUGUUUGCGAUUCACAUGCACAGACACAAUUGUUGCUUCUGUUGUCACUAGAAAGGAAGGCUUGAUGUUCCCAUCCUCUCAAUUUGUCCCUCGUUUUUAUCACUGAAGACAAUACAACUGGAAAAUAACAGGCGUGGCGUGCUUAACUUCCCUCGCAACCUUGGAUUAUACCGUUAAUUUGGUGCACAGACAUCAAAGGAGUCCUUCUUUACUAAAGCACAGGGCCUGUUGCCCUUCUUUCCUGGAAGAGUCAUUCCUCUUUUCUUAAGGCAUUUCCUGCUGCUUGCCUUGGCUGGCUGAGGUCCAGUGGUCUUGUUCGGUUUUAAUCAAACACAGAGGAGCCAUGGCCUGUCGAAUAGAGGCCAUGCAUCACAUUGACUGACGGUGAACGCACUUCCUGAGAAUGUUAUUUUCCUAAUUUAAACCUAUUCUGGGUCUAAGGUCAGCUAUUUAUGUCUGAGACAUAUCUAAAUGUAGUUUUAAUGGCAGUGUCAUUAAUCUCUCACAAAGCAUUUCACUGAACAUAGAGUUUUCUAACUUAAAACUAUUUGUAUCUUAAAAUAAUUCCACCUCCAUCAACAUUGCAUAAAAGCUGGUGACUGGUAACUGAUAACAUCUGUUUACAAAGGAGAUCUGAUGUAAUGCUGCUCAAAACAUAUGUCAUUUUAAUAACUUGAUCACAUUUUGUUACAGGCGCUCUGGUAGAUUUUCUCAAGUCGUCUGAGGGAUCCAACAUACCCAUCAACACCCUCAUAGAUAUGGCCUCUCAGGCAAGUCCCCUGCUCUUUACGUCAAUCCCAAUAGCUCUCUACACUUUUAACUAUUGUCUGUCUCCAAAUUCUCUCUUACUCUUUCCCCUCUAUUCGCUCUUUCACUUUCUAUUCUCUCUGUAUGAUCCUCAUCUACAGGAAACAGCUCUUGCUAUUGUGAGGCUAACUAUAAUCUCCCGGUAACAAUGGAGACCCCUGUGUGAGGUUUACUAACAAUAACACCUUAAGUCUAUACACCUUGUCACAAAUCUAACUGUGUCAACACCACUGAGGUGCUCACCCCACCACAGUGCAAUGCUAUAUGUGUAACACAAAUCAAAGUGACACAUACCCUGAUACCUGAGAGACAUAAUGCAUAUUCCAUAAUAAAACAAACCUACAGCCUACUCUAAAUCACACUUGCACCAAGCUUCAUAAGAUCAAGAAAGCAGUUGUAUUGCUGUUUGAGUCUCUCGUUCUAGAAGAACAACUUACUUAGGAGUAGUUUACGGCCAAGGAUGGGGCCAAAUAUCGGGCCAAAGAUGGGAGAACAUCUAAUUACACCAACAUCUUAUCUAAUUGGGCUACUCUAAUGUAAUGUUAUGGUUACAUUAUAUAACUCUCUGGAAAUUGAGCCACAUAUAUGUGUAAUGGGAUUACAGGGAUUUCAACUAACCAAGCUCAGAGUACUCUCAAAGCCGCCUGUGGCAGAGGAAGAGCCUACUCUAUGGAUGCACUGUGAACGUAUUACAGCAAAAUAACAUUCCUAAGCAAUGGCUAGAACACUGAUGGCAUUCAGCACCAUACAUUGCUGUAAUCACAUAGUGAGUAAGUACACUGAAACAACAUGACCCCUAGAGCUUGUGAGUGAAAAUGUUUUAGCUCUCUGGUUUCAGAGUGGUGCGUAAUGAUGAUAUGAAGUUCAUACGACACACGCACCUCUCGGUUUUCUGCCAAGGGCCUUGGGGCCCAAUGAUCCCUAUCUGUGAGAUUCUUACGUCUGAAAUAUGCACCAAUGUCCGCCUAAACACACACACACACAUUGACACACACAAAAGAGAUGUAGUCAGCACAGCUGGGCCGGAAAGAGAGCUGGCUGCUAGGGGUUCAUAACCUGCCUGUGAAAACUGGGUGGAGCUGCGAGGUGAGGAGCAGAGAUCUGACCUGGGGAAGUGGGAACCUCCUAGUCACAGGACUCUACCUCUGCCCUGUCUGUUUCUUAUACACACACGAACACACACAGUAUGUAUCCUUCAUAAAUUGUGCCUUCCUGUAUUAUACCUAUGCCAAAAAAGUUAUUCUAUUCUACUGAGCCAUUUACUUUAUGUUCCUAUUCUUAUCUUUUAUUAUUUCUUAUUGUUGUUGCAUUGUCCAGAAGGAAGUAAGCAUUUCAUUGGACAGUGUAUACCAUGUGUGCCCUAUACAUACGAAUAAUACAAUUUGAAACAAGUAUGAUUCAUUCCUCAUGAUGUACUGCCUCCUGCAGGUGGCUGAGGGAAUGGCCUACAUUGAAGAGAAGAACUACAUCCAUCGGGACCUGCGAGCCGCAAACAUCCUGGUGUCUGAUGAGCUCAUCUGUAAGAUCGCUGACUUUGGACUCGCAAGACUCAUCGAGGACAACGAGUACACAGCCAGAGAGGGUAGCAUUACUUUCCUUUACACUAGAAAAAAUGUAUGCGCUUGAAUGUUCUAAGUGCUUUCUGCAAAGCCAUGCACUCUCUCUAUACUAUAGCCCCACCAAGUGUUCAUGUAGAAUCCAUUGGGUGCUUUUGAAAUGAACAUGAACCCAAAAUUAAACCUAUUUCACUCUUCCUUAUCAGGUGCCAAAUUCCCCAUAAAAUGGACAGCACCUGAAGCUAUAAACUAUGGAACCUUUUCCAUCAAGUCAGAUGUGUGGUCGUUUGGGAUCCUCUUGACAGAGAUAGUGACGUAUGGCCGUAUCCCAUAUCCAGGUAUUUCACUGAUGCACCUCAAUAAUAAUCCAAUAUUAUACAUGUCUAUUUCAUAUGCAAUGCAUGUAGACUCCACAUACACACAUUCUCCACAUAGCACCUAUAUAGUCCAUAAACAUCACAUACUCUCUACAAAAAUGUUGCCCACAAAACCCCAACACAUUGGCCACAUUAUUAACAAAUCUGCAUCCCCAUCUCUUCUCUCUUCCCACUGUCAGGAAUGAGUAACCCAGAGGUGAUCCAAAACCUGGAGAGAGGCUACCGGAUGCCCCUACCUGAGAACUGCCCUGAGGGUCUGUACAACAUCAUGAACCUGUGCUGGAAGGAGAGCCCAGAAAACCGGCCAACCUUUGAGUACCUGAGAAGCGUUCUGGAGGACUUCUUCACAGCUACAGAGGGGCAGUACCAGGAACAGCCAUAAGACAGACAGACAGACAGACAUGGGGACAGGAGAGGAGAGGUCAUGACGGACAUUACUCCAAUUGUUAAAAACUGUUAAGUGAAUUAUUAAUCAAACUAUUCUGUGUCUCUGUGCGUCUCCCAAAAGGUUGUAAGUCUUUUGGGAUUUAAGUAACGGACAGAGUCCCGAUCUGCAUAGUCAGAGAUCUUUAUUCAUUGAGAAUUCUGCCAUCACAAUUUCAGAGUCCAUCUUUUAUACUCAUACGUCAUACAAAAAAAUCCCUCCCCUCUGUAGGCGGGCUGUAGUUUUCCACUCUAAAACUGCUCUCCUGACCAUCAGUUCACACACACAUAUACUCACAUGCAUACACACACACACACACACACAUGCAUACACACACAUACAUACACACUUUCUUAUCAUAGCCUACUCCCUGCAUUCCUCAGUUAUCGCCGUUCUCACAAUAUUCUGCACCAUGUUCCAUAACAGUUUCUCUCCUCCCUAAAUUGGGAGGCCUCUUUAUCUUGGUUUCUCAGUUGUCUGUAGACAGUUCUCCUUGUCCUUUGUCUGGCCUAACUCUUACUCACAUUGCUGAAUAGUAGCUCAAUGUCAUAGUCUUUACUGGUCCUACACUCACACAUUCUAACACAUUCCACACAGUUUCGGGGUGUAAUAAUUAGUCAUUAAUAAUUAAUCUAUCAAUCCACCCUUUGACUAAAUAUUACACACAUACAAAAUAUAUGUUGUUAUAGAAAUGAAUCACACACAUUGAAGCAUAUAAGUUUGCAUAUAAAAACAUAAAAAAUGGUCUCAUUCAAUACAGGUUCAUCAGGGUUACCCCAUGAUUAAAAGUGUAACGUUACUUUUUAGCAAUGGUAACUAGUACAUCAUACUUAAAACGAGACUUUAAUACACAAAAGAUCUUUACAAUAACUUUUAAACUAGAGAUUUAUAGUUCUAGGAAAACAUCCAGUCUCAAACUAUCUGUCACGCCCUGGCUCUGGGGACGCUUGUAUGUUGAGCCAGGGUGUGAGUGUUCUUUAUGUUGUUCUAGUUUUGUGUUUCUAGGGUAUAGUUAUUGUAUUGUGUUUCUAUGUUGGCCAGAGUGGUUCUCAAUCAGAGGCAACGAGUGUCAGCUGUUGCUGGUUGUCUCUGAUUGGGAACCAUAUUUAAACAGUCUGUUUUUCCACAGUGUUUGUGGGAUCUUGUUCCUGUUGUAGGUUUGUGUUUUUGCACCUUUGGACGUCACGUAUCGUUUUUGUUAUUUUGUUUGUGUAUCAAUAAUAAAAGCAUGUUCGCAAAUAACUCUGCGCCUUGGUCCUCUGUAUACGACGAUCGUGACAGAAGAUCCCACCAAAACUGGACCAAGCAGCGUGUCCAGGAGCCAUCGCCAGGGGAAUCGCUAGCGGAUCUCCGUGGCAACCUCGACUGGGUCAAGCCUAGUGAAGAGCAGAGAGGGUGGACUUGGGAGCAGUGGAGGAAGAGUCUCGACUGGGUCAAGCCAAGUGAAGAGCAGAGAGGUUGGACUUUGGAGCAGUGGAGGAAGAGUCUGGCGAGAGAUAGGGAGGCUUGGUCCACGGGGAGGAGAGACACCCAGAAUUUUUUUAGGGGGGGGCUCACGCCGUGGACGACGGGGCAGCAGGAGGCCGCGAUAGAGCGGUCCAGCGGGUUGGCAGAGGAGGCCGCCAGGUUAAGGGGGCCACUGGUCACAAAGGGGAAGGAAAGUGUAGAGGCACGGCGAGAGGUACUGGGGUGUGUUACCAGUCCGGUCCGGCCCGUUCCUGAUCCCCGCGUAGGGCCAGUGGCGUGUGUCCCCAGUACGGUCCGGCCUGUUCCUGUCCCUUGCACCGAGCCUGUGGUGCGUGUCGCCAGCCCGGUCCGGCCUGUUCCUGCUCCCCGCACCAAGCCUAUGGUGCGCGUCGCCAGCCCGGCCCGGCCUGUUCCUGCUCCCCGCACCAAGCCUAUGGUGCACGUCGCCAGCCCGGCCCGGCCUGUUCCUGCUCCCCGCACCAAGCCUAUGGUGCGCGUCGCCAGCCCGGCCCGGCCUGUUCCUGCUCCCCGCACCAAGCCUAUGGUGCGCGUCGCCAGCACGGCCCGGCCUGUUCCUGCUCCCCGCACCAAGCCUAUGGUGCGCUUCGUCAGCCCGGUCCGGCCUGUUCCUGCUCCCCGCACCAAGCCUAUGGUGCGCGUCGCCAGCCCGGUCCGGCCUGUUCCUGCUCCCCGCACCAAGCCUAUGGUGCGCUUCGUCAGCCCGGUCCGGACCGCUCCUGCUCCCCGCACCAAGCCUAUGGUGCACGUCGCCAGCCCGGCUCGGCCUGUUCCUGCUCCCCACACCAAGCCAGUGGUGUGCGUCAUCAGUCCGGCACAGCCCGUGCCUGUUCCACCGGUGCCUGGUCCGGUACCGGUCAGCUGCUCCACGCCGGAGCUAGAGCAAUCCGCUCCACCAGUGUUCAGUCCAGCUCCGGCCAGCAGGGCCAGACCGGACCAAAGGGUACUGUGGGGGGUUAGAGAGGGAGUGGGGAUCAUGCCCAGAGCCGGAUCCGCCGCCAAGGCGGAGUGCCCACCCGGUCCCUCCCCUGUGGUGUUCUGUUGGCGCGGUCGGAGUCCGCGCCUUUGGGGGGGGGGUACUGUCACGCCCUGGCUCUGGGGACGCUUGUAUGUUGAGCCAGGGUGUGAGUGUUCUUUAUGUUGUUCUAGUUUUGUGUUUCUAGGGUAUAGUUCUUGUAUUGUGUUUCUAUGUUGGCCAGAGUGGUUCUCAAUCAGAGGCAACGAGUGUCAGCUGUUGCUGGUUGUCUCUGAUUGGGAACCAUAUUUAAACAGUCUGUUUUUCCACAGUGUUUGUGGGAUCUUGUUCCUGUUGUAGGUUUGUGUUUUUGCACCUUUGGACGUCACAUAUCGUUUUUGUUAUUUUGUUCGUGUAUCAAUAAUAAAAGCAUGUUCGCAAAUAACGCUGCGUCUUGGUCCUCUGUAUACGACGAUCGUGACACUAUCUGAAUCGUCGUCGUCCUCCACCACCAAGCCUGGUGGGUCAUAUUCUUCAUUCCUUAGGUCGGAGUCCGGGAUUGGGCCGUAUCUCACCAUCUGCUGUGAUACUGCUCCAACGCCUUGCUCACCAAUCCUCGGACACAGGGAAUAAGACAACAUCCACAAAGAACAAGCAUACCCAUAGACGCGAUUGCCGCGCCUAAAAUAGUUACAACAAUAGUUUUCCAUUUACCAAACAUUUUAUCAAACCAACCAGUCAUUGAUGUAUUCACCCCCCAGUUCUCAGCCCAUUCUUUACUUUAUGCACUUUAUACACUGUCCAGAGUUUCAGAGAUCACAGCUUCCUCUCUGAGAAACUCUACACGGGGACACCAUAUUUUGUAAAUGGCCUCCAAGCAAGAACAUUUGGAAUCUGGACAUUGUUGUCUUCAAUUAUCCGCUGCAUGUGCGCCAUCGACAUUCAGAACAAAACGCUCUAUCACAUCACCCUUUGGACAUUUGUACUGGCUCUGGGACACUUCCUGUCUGAAGCCUUCAUCUACAAAACGGCACCUCUGACCAUUGGCGUUAUGGCACCUUUCAUUGUGGCGAGUUUCUCUAUCGUGGGAAUGCUGAUUGGGUUCCAGUGUGUUCCAGAGCCUCAGGAGGAGGUGGGUGCACGGCAGAAGAAGCGGGCAGAAGAAGCAGAACUGAUUCCAAGCAGCAGAAAACGGUUUAGCCCACCACUAGAGAAAGCUGUGGGAUAG